ACUGGAAUAGUGAACGAGCUGUCUGUACGGUGGAAGUUCCGGGUUCUGUUUUUAAUUCCUGCUUUGUUGUCCUCUUCUUAUGUUAUAGGCAAAAAAGAAGUAAUUUUGGCCAACUUCAAGCAAACAUGGCUCUUCUAAUGGAGCACCAGUUCCGGCAACUUCCAGCCGACAAACAAGUGGAAACCCGGCUGUUUCUUGAGGCGGUGUCUCAUCUUCCUCCUUUCUUCGAUUGCCUUGGUUCUGCAGUUUUCUCCCCUAUCAAGGCUGAUAUUGCGGGUAACAUAACUAAAAUCAAGGCCGUGUAUGACACCAACCCCACCAGGUUUAAAACCCUGCAGCAGAUUUUGGAAGCGGAGAAGGAGAUGCAUGGAGCUCAGUGGCCAAAAGUAGGAGCAACACUUGCCCUCAUGUGGCUAAAAAGGGGUCUUCGCUUUAUCCAGGUUCUUCUCCAGAGCCUUGUGGAUGGGGAAAAGGAUGAAAACAACCCUAACCUCAUCAGAGUCAAUGUCUCCAAAGCAUAUGAGAUGGCUUUGAAGAAAUAUCAUGGCUGGUUUGUUCAAAAGAUCUUUACGGCAGCACUAUAUGCAGCUCCAUACAGGUCAGAUUUCCUCAAAGCUCUGUCUAAAGGGCGAGAGGUUAAGGACGAAGAAUGCUUGGAUAAAGUAAGGCAGUUCCUCGUUAACUUCACAGCUACUAUUGAUGCCAUUUAUGAAAUGUACACCAAGAUGAACGCAGAGCUGGACUACACUGUGUGAUCUCUCGUUCACAAACGAGCAAACUUCUUUCCUCAUCACCUUCUGCUCUCCCAACGGAUCACUGUUGCCUCCCAUUGGACUGUUCUUCUCUCCUACUGGAUCAUGCAUCUCUGCAGUGUUUGGUUUUGCUUUUCCUUGGGGGACAAUGAAGGUCCAGGCUGCUGAAGACUUUUUAUCUGUCAUUGUAUGGUACCGCUGUUAUCUGAAGCUGAUGACGGGUUGAAUGCUUUGGUCUUUCUUUAAAAAACAGUGUUUUGAAAAAACUUGUUGAAAAUUUGUAACAAUCAUUUUUGGUUCUGGUUAAUUUUUAUUACACAUGCACUUCAUGUACAUGUGUAUUAGCUGUGUAAUGUAUGUGCUCAUUUAUUCAGACAACAACUCACUGCAAAUUAAGGUUUUAAUUUAUGCGUUUCUAACCCUUGUAUUCUCUUUAACCAAAUAUCUGACAUUGACUGCAUUGCUGUCAUUUUUACUUUGAUCUGUUUUAUGAAAAAGAUAAUACUUGAAUGUGGCCUGUUUAACAUGAAAUGCAAAGAAAUUAUGAAGCCUUUCUAUUUAGUGGUAAAAAUGUAAACAGUACAUAUAAAAUGUGUUAAAUUCUACAAGAUAUCCUGUGUUGACAUGAAUGACUGAUAAUCUUCAUGGACUUAUGCCAUAUCCUACAUAUUCAGUUGAAAACUCUGCUUUCUGUUUCCUAACGUCAUCGUUUUCCAAAGUAUGCAGGACUACAGAACAUUUUCAAAGUCUGGGAAGUUCAAACAUUGCAAAAUCAAUGUGUUUUCAACUGAAUAUGUGUAAGAGUGGAUGCGGCCUUAAUCGGUCUUGUGUUCUAUUUAUAUAAUUUAAUGGAGCGUUGUUGAUUUUUUAUUUCCUACAUAAUCAAAGGCUAGAAAUAUAUGAACUGUUUAGAAAUAUAUGUUAAUUUAUUUCAGCGUGAGUCUUGACCCUGUUGAGAACCAAUGACCCUAACACUGAAAAACUAAAAUAAUUAUCUAAUGUCAUAAAUUUCAGUUCUGUCACAGCAGUGAUUUCACUGGAUACAUUCUGGAGAUUUUAUUUUAACCAAUGGAGAUUUCAUUGAAAGUCUGGCAAGAUACUGAUACUGAUUAUCUCAUCGUCAUAGAGGACAGACAAAACAAAAGCAGAGCCAUACAAGCCUCAGUGUGGCUGUAUGAUGCAUUCAGGUGACGUUUUUCUUUUCCACUGCAAUGUAUCCUCUUAUUGUGUCUUACAUUGAUCAUGGCAUGUGUAGCAUAUUUCAAAUCUAAUUAAAAGCA